AUGCGCUUCACGUCAACGUCAUACCGUCGGAAGCCUCGUAUUUGCCCUGGAAUCAUACAGCAAAGGAUGCGAGGUCUAUGCGGACAAAGUAAAGAUACAACGGCAGUCUUCCGGGUGCGACGCCAGCCGACAACAGUAGAGAUUUUUGGUGCGCUGUACCAUUGGAUCACCUGCAUCAGCAUCAUCUUCCUCGUUCUCGCUCAGCUCUUAGGUGCCGUGCGAAAUACAACCACAACUACUCAGCGUAUCUUUUACGGCCGUGAUCCGAGUCGUGGGCCUUAUGAAAUCGUAGGGACGAGUGAUACCCCGUAUACCGAUCGAGUGGUUGCUUGCGUACGUUAUGGUAGAAAAUACGAGCCAAGACUUGUGAGUUCAUUGCUGGCGUCCGAAGGAACCGAAGCCAUCUUGGAGGAUUCGACUGGAAAAGCUCGUCAUGGAUAUCGAUUGGUAAAGCGAAGAGCUGAUAAAGCCUCGGAUUCGCUAGAUUCGUCAGUAUAUUCGUCGUACGAGGAUAUUUGCAGCUUGAUCUCUGCGACGCUCGACUCCAUCCUGGGUGCGUGUGCGUUGUUGGGCUACUCUAAUCUUACGACAGACGCACUUCGAGUUGUUGACGGGGUUGACAGCAAGCGUUUAUUCAGAAUCCCAUACUCGCUACCAGUGCUCAUCAUGCCUUUCUGGGAUAACACUGAGCAAGCUCGUCACACUGUACCAACAUGGCAUGGUGAAUCGUGCAUGUUUCGGCUUGAAGACGCUUAUUCUGGAAGCGCGAAUGGUGGGAGUAAUGCAACCAAAGCUAGUCUACGUGCGGUAAAUCGGACUGUACGAUUUCAGCGUACUGAGGAAUGGUUAAAGCAGCCUGGUGGAGUCUGGAAGAAUGGAUGGUAUGAAGACUUGGAAGGGGGACGCUGGUUUGCUGACUUGACGAGCUCCAACCCCGGGCCUCCUUAUUAUAUGGCGUACCGAAUGUUCGAUACAAUGUCUGGGCUCGAGGUGGAUUGCUCCAAUCAACAAGACUGUCUAGCAGAACCAAAAGUCAAUCGAUGGGGAACAAAAUUUACCACUUACGAGUAUCCUCACAAUCUGAACUCUAUUGCUAUUCAAGACGGAUUGUCCUAUGGCCUCUACCUCUAUGAAACAACUCAAGCAGAUGUGGUUCGUAUUAUUUACGAUUGGGAAACGCUAGUGUCGAAUUUGUCCGUCAUUCUCGUGCUGAUCCGAUGGAUAUUGUCACUAAUAGCACUGCACAAUGGCACAGUACGAGGUAAGAUCCCAUGCUAUGGCGGUGGUCUCGGAUGUGUCUCAAGCUACAGAAUAUUCGAUGUUCUACUAUUCUCGAUGCUUCCUCAGCUUAAGAUGACAUUAACCGCGUUUUGGACGGUAGGCUGUCGUUUUGAAGGCCAACAGGCUGGACUUUCCGAGGCCUGGUUUACCAUCUAUCCAUCGAUUGCGCAGCUAAUGUUGAUGUAUUAUAGCCUACUCAAUGUACUGGCCAAGAUCACUCGACGCCGCAUGACUGAUACACUUUUCAUGCCCUCUGUGGCAUUCCUUUGUCUGAUACAUUAUUUUCGAAGCGAACUGGCAGCCUCUCCUGUAUGGAAUGAUAUUGACGGCCGAGUAUUGACACUGGUGUUCUCGGAUGAAGUGAAGAAAAUGACGCUCUUGGACUAUUUCGUGAGUGAUCUAGCAUGGAGGAUGAAUGGCCGCGUCGUAGGAAUUUUCUGGACCAAGUUGGCUGUACUUGGUAUCAAUCUCUUGCCUUUACUUAUGGCACGUCCAUUGCCUAUUCCAAAACAAGGAAAACAACAAGUUCUGUCUGGAGUUGAAAAAGCAUUUGCCUUAAGAGCAAAACACGUUGGUGGUCUGGGGCUCUCCCCAGUCUACCUGACUGCACUUGAUAGUGCAACGUCAAGAUCUUCCUCCGAGAAUAAAAUGAGCGUCACUCCUUCAAAUUCGCAGACAGAACUCAAGAAACAGCAAUAUAAUGUCGUUCAAUCAGCCGUAUAUUUGAACAGCUACGAGCUGCUUCGGCUCGGGUAUGUUGUUUUUGGGGACCGCUAUAUCAUCUCUUUCGACGACUGGGAUUUUUUGACAGCUAUGGCCCCGCUGCGGUCGUUUUAUCAUUUGUGGAACCAACGCGUUUGUGUUUGGUCUUUAGAAGAUCUCGAGAAAAAUACCGAGUGCUAUGGAUUGCGCUCUCUCCAGGCUUUAGAACCGGAGAUGUGGCGGUUGGAUGACAUGCGACUGCAGAGCAUUCACUUCUGGCAAAUAUCGUCCUGUGGUAUCCAAUGCUGAUCAACAUGAACUUAGUGCUCGCAUGGUAAAUAUACCCAAUACACUUCACCUGACAAUGGAAUGAAUGAUCGACGAGUAUGGAACGCUGUAUGUAUUAUAUGAGUCACAGCGACAGCGGUAAAAUUUGUAUGGUGAAUCAGGUCAUGGAAACUAACAGCAAGUAAUGCCGGGACCGUGAGUACAGCGUGAACUUCGAGUCAGAGCAUUGAAUCCCGCAGUUGUCGUCGUGUGCAACGGCACUGGCCUGGUGCAUUUUGGUAUAAUUAUCAGUGAUAUACAGAGCGAUGACAUGUCAUGUACUGCCAGCUGAUAGUUCCGCGCGUUCCGAGAGUCCAGGU